GACUGUGCCGCUGCCUCGGAGCCCUGCGCGAAGAGAUCGCGGGAACAAGGUGGUCCCCUGGGCUGGCCAUCUCGUUGGGAUUGUCUUGGCCUUGAGGGCUCAGGCAGGUGUAAGGAACGGGAAUGGCGGUCUGGAAAAGAGGCGACAUGAGUUAGGCUCCGAAAGCAUAGGCUGGCAUGGGAAAGAUUGGGCUUCAGCCUCGGAAUCUUCCUUCCGGGACGAGCCUUGGUAGCCUGGGAAACAAGCUCCCUGCCUGCGGGGACCUAGCUGAAGAUGACUCAAGAACCAUCAUUGCUUGCAGUCCAGGAGGCCCUGAAGAAAUGCUUCCCAGUGGUGAAGGAGCAGCAGGGCUUCUGGCAGAGCACUCUGAAUGACUGCCAACCUCUCCUGACUUCCCUCCGCAACCUGGCAGAGCAGCUGCAGGCAACGCAGAAUCUGCGAUUUGAGGAAGUGCCUGCUCUUCGGGCCUUCCCAGACUUAAAGGAGCGACUGAAGCGGAAACAGCUGUCAGCUGGUGACACUAUCUUGGACAAGCUGUUGGAGAGACUAGCUGACCUCCUCAAGGUGCGUGACACAGUCAGCAGCCAAGUGGAGCAAGUUCUUCAGAUCUACAAGCAGCAUGCAGACACAAUUGGCAUUGAUGCUGUCUUGCAGGCAUCAGCUGUGAGCCCCUCUGUAGCUGACAUGCUGGAAUGGUUGCAAGAUAUUGAGAGACAUUAUCGACAUUCGUACCUGAAGAGAAAAUACCUUCUGUCCUCGAUCCAUUGGGGAGACUUGGCAUCCAUCCAAGCUUUGCCCAGAGCCUGGGACAGAGUUUUAGAAGAUGAACACCAAGACCGGGUACAAGAUACCCUGUUGAGUGUUUCCUUCUUCCUGGAAGAAUAAGGAUGCUGUGUUUCUCUGGAGAGUAGGGGGCCACAGCUGAAGACUGACAUUGCUCUGUACUCUGAUAUUUCUAAAGAAAUGUCAGUAUUGCAACCUAGCAGCUCUUGUGAAGAUUGGUGCUAGAUGUUUCUGUUCCUGGGGCUUCUCCAUGCCAGGGUAUGGCUCAGGGUUUGUGGGCAACCCUGUGCCUUUUCCUGAGGCUGAAGGGAAUGGGGCAGAGGCAGAGGGAAUGCAGGAAGCGCAGUGCUGAAAAGCACCAGGGGCAGAAGCAAUAGCCACAAAAGUUGUAGGGGAGGAGUGGACAGGUAGAGAGCCACCACUCCUCAGUAUUGACCAGAGCACUGGCCUGGGUGAUACCAGGUCCUGCUUUUACGUCUUUGCGCCAGUACUGACUCCCUGGUAAAGGAGAAAUCGGUUUUGACAAUUUAAAGAAAAAGGGUUGUGUUGAUGGAAAGCAUAGUGAGUGACUGAUGUGCUCCAAUUGCAGUAGCUCCUCAAGAGAAUUUCAGUUUCCAGAUUCUACCACCAGGGGGAGGCGGUGUGGCAUGAAUUGUUCUGAAAGCUUUGUCUUUGAAGCUGUUCCUAGUGCUCUUAAUUCCGCAGAAUAACUGAGGCUAGUGGGAUGCUGGGCAAAAAACUGCCACAUUUCUCUGAUCUUGGAGUAGCUACAUGGGGAGUGGAGAACAGCAGCCUAGUGUGAGACGAUAUAUCAGUGUUGCAUUUCUGAGACUCAGUGCCAUCAUAUGUAAAUGGUGGUGGUACUUCUAAAUUGUUGUGCUUCCUAGGCUAUUGUGAAAAUACUGGCCAUGUAUGUAAAAGGGCUUAAUAAAGAGUGUAUUUUUGAAAAUGAAAAUAACUUUACUUUUUUU